AUGGGCUCCCUCAGCACAGCAAACGUUGAAUUUUGUCUUGAUGUGUUCAAGGACCUGAGCAGUAACAACGUAGGAGACAAUGUCUUCUUUUCUCCACUGAGUCUGCUCUCUGCGCUAAGCAUGCUCCUCCUUGGUGCCAGAGGGAACAGCGCAGACCAAAUAGAAAAGGUGCUUCACUACAAUCAUAUUGCAGAAUUCUUGAAAUCAGAGUUCAGGGACUCAGCUGAGUGCAGUCAAGCGGGAAGGCUGCAUUCCGAGUUUGGACAGCUCCUCUCUCAAAUCAACCAGUCGGGCACUAACUACACCCUCAGCAUAGCCAACCGACUCUAUGGGACAAAGGCAAUGGAAUUCCAUAAGCAAUAUUUAAGCUGUUCUGAGAAGCUGUACCAAGCCGGCCUACAGACUGUUGAUUUUGAACAGUCCACAGAAGAAGUGAGAAACACCAUUAAUGCUUGGGUUGAAAAUAAAACUAAUGGGAAAAUUAAAAACCUCUUUGGAAAGGGCUCAAUUGACCCUUCCUCUGUAAUGGUCCUGGUGAGCGCCAUAUAUUUCAAAGGACAAUGGCAAAAUAAAUUUCAGGAAAGAGAGACUGUUAAAACCCCCUUUCAGCUAAGUGAGGAUAAAAGUGUCAUUGUGGAAAUGAUGUAUCAAACUGGAACAUUUAAGUUGGCCUCCAUCAAGAAGCCACAGAUGCAGGUCCUUGAGCUGCCCUAUGCCGGCAACAAACUGAGCAUGAUCAUCCUGCUUCCAGUGGGUACAGCUAACCUAGAACAGAUAGAAAAGGAGCUGAAUGGCAGGACGUUCCAGGAGUGGACCAGCUCUGCUAACAUGAUGGAAAGAGACGUGGAAGUUCACAUCCCCAGAUUCAAGCUCGAAAUCAAGUAUGAGCUGAACUCCCUGCUCCAGUCCCUAGGGAUGACCGACAUCUUCAACCAGGCCAAAGCUGAUCUCUCUGGGAUGUCACCAGACAGACGCCUCUACUUAUCCAAAGUCAUCCACAAGUCCUACGUGGAUGUCAACGAAGAGGGCACGGAGGCAGCGGCAGCCUCUGGGGAAAGCAUUGCUGUGAAAAGACUCCCCAUCCGAGAUCAGUUUGUGGCAAAUCGUCCCUUCCUGUUCUUCAUAAAGGAAGUUUGUACCAAUAUGAUUCUCUUCGGGGGCAAGCUUGCCUCUCCAUAA